AUGCCUCCUCUCAUCACCAAUGUAUACACGGCCGACCCCUCGGCUCAUGCUUUUAAUGGCCGUGUGUAUAUCUAUCCUUCCCAUGAUAGGGAGACCGAUAUCCAAUUCAAUGAUAAUGGCGACCAGUACGACAUGGCUGAUUAUCAUGUCUUCAGCACAUCUUCCCUCGACCCGCUCGAGCCUGUCAUUGACCAUGGCGUUGUCUUGAAGGCUGAGGACAUUCCCUGGGUGUCGAAGCAACUCUGGGCACCAGAUGCCGCCACUAAAAAUGGGAAGUUUUACCUUUACUUCCCUGCUCGGGAUAAGGAAGGGAUCUUCAGGAUCGGUGUUGCCGUUGGCAACAAGCCCGAGGGCCCCUUCACGCCGGAACCCGAGCCCAUAAAGGGAGCUUUAGCAUUGACCCCGCUCGGCGACGACAAGUUUGCUCUCGCCCCUCGAGUUGCUAAGCUCACGGACGACAUGCUCCAGUUCCAAGGCGAGGUACAGGAGGCUGCAUGGCUAUAUAAGAAGGAUGGUCUUUACCACUUCUCGUACUCAACAGGAGAUACCCAUUACUUAGCCUAUGCCACGGGGACCAGCCCAGUCGGGCCCUUUACAUACGCAGGCAGGAUUUUAGAGCCCGUUCUCGGCUGGACUACUCACCACUCCAUUGUUGAGUUCAACGGGAAGUGGUGGCUUUUCUAUCACGACUGUGAACUAAGCAAGGGUGUGGACCACCUGAGAAGCGUCAAAGUCAAGGAAAUCAAGUUUGACGCCGAAGGCAAGAUUAUUACAAUGAAAUCGGACUAG